AAGAAGAUGAGCAGCUACAGCUACAGCUUUCCUUGCGAAGGCCGCCGCGCAAAAAAGUUACUCCAAUAGAAAAAGACCAAAUUCAAUCUCUCUCAUCAUACAUGAUUUCGUCAAUUAACCUAAUCCCCUUUCUCUCAACCACCAUUCUCACCUAAUCAUCUCUCUCUAAAAACCAACCCCUUGCCGAUGGCCACCGUAUCAGAUACCGCCCCCAUGCUUGGCCAGGCGCGGCGGAGCGGCAGCAAAACCAUCCAUCCCGCCUCACUGGAAUCUCCAUCCCCCGCCUCACCCUUCAGGGAGGUGAAACAUUUCAAGAAAUGGUUUUCAUGGCUGAUCCCCACCUUCGUCGUCGCAAACAUAGUCAUGUUCGUCAUCUCCAUGUAUGUCAACAAUUGCCCCAAAAAUUCCCUUUCCUGCGUCGCUCCAUUUCUCGGAAGGUUUUCUUUUCAGCCAUUUAAGGAAAACCCCCUCCUUGGACCGUCGUCUUCGGCGUUAUUGAAGAUGGGAGCUUUAGAUGUGAGUAGAGUUGUGGAUAGACACCAAGGGUGGCGCCUCAUCACUUGUAUGUGGUUACAUGGUGGGCUCUUUCACUUACUUGCAAACAUGUUGAGCCUCAUAGUUAUUGGCAUCCGCCUCGAGCAAGAAUUUGGAUUUGUGCGCGUCGGUCUCCUCUAUCUCAUCUCUGGAUUGGGUGGAAGUGUGCUAUCCGCUCUCUUUAUCCAAAGCAAUAUAUCUGUUGGGGCGUCUGGUGCUCUGUUUGGUUUAUUGGGAGGAAUGUUGGCAGAGCUAAUUGUUAACUGGACCAUAUACGCUAACAAGCUUGCCGCUUUAACCACCCUCGUGAUAAUCAUUGCUAUCAACUUAGCUGUGGGAAUCCUCCCGCACGUGGACAACUUCGCCCAUAUUGGAGGGUUUCUCUCGGGUUUCCUUCUUGGUUUCGUAUUUCUGAUCCGCCCGCAUUUUGGAUGGGUUAACCGGAGAUACGGCCCUGCUGGGCACCCUUCACAAUCAUCAGGUGCUAAAUUUAAGACUUACCAGUACGUGCUAUGGGUGCUCUCACUGAUCCUUCUCAUUGUUGGGUUCACCGUGGGGAUGGUGCUGCUUCUCCGUGGUGUCGAUCUAAACGAUCACUGCUCCUGGUGCCAUUACCUAAGCUGCGUUCCCACUUCAAGAUGGAGCUGCAACACGGAACCCAUCUCGUGUCAGGCGGUAUCGAUUGGGAACGAGUACACCUUAACAUGCUCAAACAACGGAAGAAACAGUACGUAUACACUAUUCAAUCCGUCACAGAGUCAAAUUCAAGGAUUGUGCGCAGAGCUCUGUCGGUGAUCGGAUGGCUCCUCCAUUGGCCGUCGUCUCAUCUCUCAGGUUCACUGGUGUUUAUACAGUUUGAUGGAUCUGUUGUUUUGUGCAUAAAUAUAUCGAAAACGAGCUGCCGCUUCGUUGGCUGGAGCCGUUACUCGUCAGGCUCAUUGCAUGCAAUUCUUUGUAAAUUAACAGCUGUAGUCCGUUUAUUUGUUUAUCUUGUUUUUAUGAAAUGUGACUUUUCUUUUGUGUGUGAAUCUUGUCGGAGUAGAUUUUGGUUCUACCAAGGCAGAGUUUCAGCAUAUGAGAUUUAUGUACUAUAACAUUUUUGUUUUA